UUCACAUCCCCAUACACGUUUUGGUGAGUGGAGAGUGGUGGAGCUGGUUGCUACAUUUGCAAUUGCAAUUUAACGGACCCGACACAGCGCCAAAACAACCCUCGUACCCCCUUUCAAAUGGCUCGCACCUAGGUUUCCACCUUCCUAACUUUCUCUCUUCCUUCUCCACCUUUUCCUAAUUCUAAUUCCUCCAUUCUCACUCCUUUCGCCAUGUCCAACAGGGUUUGCAAGUUCUAUGCGCGAGGGUCAUGUUUGAAAGGGGACCAAUGUGAUUUUGCUCAUGAGAGAAAGGAUGAUGUUUGCAGCUAUUAUCAAAAAGGAUUCUGUGCUUAUGGUAGUAGAUGCAGAUAUAGGCAUGUCAAAGCUUCGCAAGCGUCAUCUUCGGCAAAUGGUCAUGGACGCCAUUCUCCUGUUUUGGAUUCUGUUGUGAGUCAUACUGCCAAAGGAACUUCAAGUUGGGUUCCAAAGGCCGUUAAGUCAUCUUCCCCGGACAAGCAUGUAAGGAGUUCACAACAAAAGAAUCUGUCCGCUCACGGGAAUGAUGUUGGUGAAUCCAGUAAUAGUAGCGCUGUACCAUCUGAAUAUUUGUUUUGUGCAUAUGCUGCUGCCAACUGCCCCCUUGAAGAUAAAUGUUCUCGCAUUCAUGGAAAUCAAUGUUUAUACUGUAGAAAAUUUUGCUUACAUCCUACUGAUCGAAAGGAAAAAGAAAAUCAUUUGAGGACUUGUGAGAAAAAGGAUAAAUACCUUCAGGCUCUGAAAGAUAGUCAAGAAGUAGAAUGCAAUGUUUGUUUGGAGCGUGUUCUUUCCAAACCUAAACCAUCUGAUUGCAAGUUUGGGUUGCUUCCUGAAUGUGACCAUGCUUUCUGUUUAUCCUGUAUCCGCAAUUGGCGUAAUAGUGCCACAAACUCUGGAAUGGACAUCAACAAUACUGCUAAUACAGUGAGAACCUGUCCUGUUUGUCGCAAACUAUCAUAUUUUGUCAUUCCAAGUGGUAUUUGGUAUUCUACUAAGGAAGAAAAACAGGAAAUUAUUGACAAUUACAAAGCAAACUGCAAACUAAUUGAUUGCAAGCAUUUUAACUUCGGAAAUGGGAAUUGUCCAUUUGGGGCUAGUUGUUUCUACAAGCAUACAGUGAAGCCUGGCUCUUACACAUGGAUACAUCACAGGCCACCACCUCAACGUAGACAAAACAAUUUUGGUAUGUAUGACAUGUUGGACAUGCUCAGCGAGGUGGAUUUAUCAAGUGCAGAAUAUUAUUCCAUCAUGAGGGAGUCAGAGUUUUUUGAUGAUAUGGAUCCAUUUGAGAUGAUGGAUAUAUCUGAUAGGCUUGCUGGUGAAUCAGGUCCUUGUUUGGGUCCUUUUGAUUCUGAUGAGGAGGACAUGGAUUUUUUUCAGAUGGCUGCAUUGUCAGAAGCAUUGGUUUCUGGUGUAGAUGAUUUUGGUCCUGAAGAUUUUGAUGAAGAAUUCAAUCCUAUGGAGGCCGCCUUGUUAUCAAUGAUGAUGCAUUCUAAUAUAGAAGACGAGGAUGAAGAAGAUUACAGUGAUGAAGACUUCUAGAUUUGCUUAGUUCAUAUAAAGCCUGACUUUGAGGUAGUUUCCUCCUUUGGCAGUAAUGGUACCCUAUCUUUUGUUUUGGAAAUUAUUUGGGCAGGAACUUCAAGAUUUGUUUUAGUUUGUGGUUGAUAUUCUAAUACUCUUGCCUAUAGCUGGUAUUCGUGAUCAUAUGCCAUUUUGUAUAUUUUCUAAUAUCCUGCUAUUGAAGGAGUUUUGGCUUGAGGGUUUUGCUUA